AUGCCUCCGUCCUCUCCUUCUGUUCCUCGAAACAAGCCGACCACUGUUGCAGACCGCGUUGCCAGCCGUUUAGUCGCGCAGUUAGAGUCGUGUCCAGAAUUAGUCAAGGUGUUCCAGAUGGGGUAUCUCAAGUAUCUCCCCCCCUUGUUGUCACGGAGCCCAAGUCUUCGCGACACAGUGUCACUGUUCUGCACCGCUUGGGCAGGAUAUCGCCGGCGGCAGCCGGCAGGAGACUUCAUGUCUAUGGAGGCGUAUGGCAAGGCCUUGCGAAGUUUGCGCCGAUGCCUGGAUGGCGAUAAUACAUGUAGUAUGGAGACACUGGCAGCCAUCACGCUUCUUGAGCGAUCAGAGGCUCUUUUUGACCGAGAGAGAAAACCGUUCCAGAUAUCCCACACUGAAGGGAUUCUAGGGUUGAUUCAACGCCACGGCCCGCCGAACCGGGAGGACAAACUACAUUCGGGUCUCAUAUUCGAUAAUAUGGCAGGCUUGAUCACCUACUGGUUGGCAAAUGGUGGGCACAACUUUCUAGUUGACUCUCCGUGGAGAGAAGCAAUAGAGGAUACAGCAGCCGAGUUCCUAGAACCAGGAAUCAGGCAAUCCGCCAUGCCGGCAGUCAGCUUCACAAGCACACUGUAUGCGCGGUGGCCUCGAUAUCUCAGAGGCGCACAAACUAUCUACACCGAUCCCAUACCCAGUAAGGAGCUUCAACUAUUUACAGUGGCAUUCAUCGAUGAACUGAGCGAAGCCGAGGUUGAGGCCCGCUUCAUAUUCGGGGACGUCAUGUCCAAGGCCUUCGAAGUAGGAGAGAUUCGAGAACUACCAGACGCGGCGGCUAUUUCAGGCCGUAGUUAUCAUUUAACGGCCGUCUUCUUCGGACAAUCUCUCUUGGAGCUACUGUGGUUACGGCUGGCUCUGCUCCGGAUGCUCUAUGAACUGAUGGUUCUCAGAAACCCAGCUCAGGCGCAGGUAUAUGGGGCGGAGUACCGGGCAUUGUGCCUCGAAACAUGGAAGUUUAUUCCAUUUGUGUAUGGUCUGGAUCCCCUGAUUGCAACGUGGUCACUUACACCGUUCACACUGGCAUUUGAAGGGGCAGAGGGGUUCGAGAGAGAGUACCUCCUGAAGAUGGUCAUCGAGGCGGAUAGCUACAGGCAAAGCUUCCCUCGCAAUCAUGGGCUUCUAGCAUCGACCUUGGUGCAUCACGCGAUGAUUCUGACAGGCUACAGGGGUCGCACGGGAGGUCUCACCCACGGAGAUGAGGGUGCGUAA